GAUCAUCAAGUCUCUGGACGAGGACCCGGCGGCCCAGAAUAAGCAGCUGACGCUCCGCCUCCAACAGAUCGCCGCCGCACUGGAGAACAAAGUCACUGACCUUUGACCUCAGUGAAGGUCGGAUACUGAAACACACAGGAAGUUGUUUUUCCCGGGAAUGGACCUAAAAGGAGGACGAGCUCACGGACUCUAAGGAAUGUUUUGACCAUAAUAAGGACUGAAGUGGGAGGAGCCACAGGAAGCUGAUGGCCAUAUAAGGAGUGACGGAGGGAGAUGUUACGAAUGAACGAAGAUUUUUGGACAAUUUAAGAGAGAAAAGAGUGGUGGGAACACUUCCGGAGAGACAACACCAAGAAGGCCAUUUUAAAAUGUGUGAAAUCAAAGGGUUAUUUUUUUAAUUCGGUGUGAUAGUCGGUCCUUUUUGCUUCUCUGCACCACCAUUUAUUUUAUCAUUCAAGGACUAAAGAAGUGCCACUUUUAGGAUGAAGAAUUUACAUAAAAAGACAUUACCAAAUAUUUUCUUUAUAUACGACGCAGCCCUUUUUUAUUUGUUUUGGAAGUACUACCACUUGCGUAUCACAGAACUGUGGAUUUGAGGUCAAUAUUUUUUGUUUCCACACUAAACGGCAACAAGAGAAAUCGGAUGUUUUCUCAGUGAAAGAAAAUCGUUUCAUCCUAACGCGUUUAUUUAAUCGACCAAUGGAAACCCACUACGGUACACACCACUGGCCAAUCAGGGCUCUUGGUUGAGGAGAGUGAAUUCAGGGUACGAUGUCCAAAAAAAACACAUAAUUUUAACCUUUUUUUAAUCAUACCCAAAUGUUGUUUUUCAUAUCGGAUCAUGUGACGACACCACGCAGAUUAUUCGUGUUAUUCUCUGUAAGCAGGCUUUCCAUGUAUGAGAAGGAUCUUUUUAAUGGACUGAUACAAAGCCACUUAAUUGCUUUAUUUUGCAAAGUGUUAAUCAGGGUGGUUCAUAUCCAUGUGCAAGAGUGUGUGAGUCUGUGUUCAACAUUUGUAUCAUCACCGGUUUGCUUGUUUUUACCUGUCUGCCUAAUCAUGCUUAAAAAACACUUUUACUUUGAUUUGUUUUUAUAAUCUUUUUAGUCUCACCUCUGAUUGCCCUUCAUAUAUAUAAUGCUGCUUUUCGUUUCUGCGCACAUGUGAGGAGGUGAAGUGUCUUCUGAAGACAGGGUAUCCAUGCCUCCUUCAAAAAGGCGUCGAAUAAAUCAAAAUGUGAGAUGUUAAAUGUAUUAAAUCCAGUUAUUGUUUUCGUCCA